AUGUCGCAGGCGGUGAAAGCCGCGAUCGCGGCGCGGCGACAGGUGAGCCGGUCGCCAGAAAAACGGAGCGAGGCGCCCGCAGGUGGCGCGUGGGGCGAGCGCGAGCCCGUCCUGCUCCAGAAACCGCUCGAGGAGAUCCUGCGUGGCGCGUGCGGAAAUGGCCGCGUGAACCUCGCGUCGCGGUUUCCGUCGCUGGAGCGGUGCCCGGAGGAGCUCUUUGAUCUGCUCGACGACGACGCCCCAGAGUGGUUCACCCGCGCGGAGGACGAGGAGCGCGAGCCGUGGUACAACCGCAGCGACCUGCUCGUCCUCCAGCUCGGUGCCAACGACAUGAAAAGCGUCGACGAGCGCGUCGGCGAGUUUAUCGGCCUCACACGCCUCGAGCUGCACAGCAAUCAGCUCACAGCCCUGCCGAGCGCGCUCGCGGGCCUACAGAGCCUCACGGCCAUCACCCUGUCGCACAACCAGCUCGCGGCGUUUCCCGCGUGCCUGCUCGGCCUCGCGAGCCUGACGAGCCUCGAUCUGAGCCACAACCAGAUCGAGGCGCUCUGGACGGAAAAAGAGGCGCACGACGUCGAGGCGCCACUGCGCUCGCUGCGCACCCUCGACCUGAGCCGCAACAAGCUGCGCACCGGCGCGCUGGUGCGUGCGGGCGAGAGCGAGGUCCAGGUGCUUGCCUUUCCCACGAAACUGCGGCGCCUCGAUUUGAGCGAGAAUGCACUCCAGGGGCCGCUGCCGCUGCAGCUCUUCUCCCCCCUGACCGUGCUGGAAGAGCUGGAUCUGAACGGAAACGACAUCCCCGACGCGGUGUUUGCGCCACCGCCACCGGACGCCAAGAUCCCGCCCGCGCUGCCGCGCCUACAUGUGCUCGACGUGCGCCGCACACACAUUUCUGCGCUCGGGCCGCUAGAGAGCCUGUUUGUCUCGGGCAGCGCCUUGUCCCUGGACGAGGCGAGGGAUGCACAGCGCGCACCUGCGCACGCGCCGCCCGACGCGUCCGGCCUUGCGGCGCACCAGCUGGUGCGUGUGAGCGGCCGACCCGGCGCUUCGGAGGCGGAGCUUGCCUCCAUCCCGGUCGUGGUCGGCGAGGAGGCGACGACGCUCCCCCCCCUGUUUGUUGUGCUCGACGCGCACCUCGUGCGCGCCGAGCCCUCGCGGCGCAAGCGUGGCGGCCGCGGCCGUGGCGGCGACUCGCGCCGCGACGACCACGACGAGCCGCCGCAAGGCGACGCCGGGAGCGCGCUUGCGAACGCCAAGCUCAGCUCGAAAAAGAAGGAGGCGCUUGGCCAAGUGCCGUGCAAAUUCUUCCGGAACAAUGGAUGCAGCGCCGGCGACGCGUGUCCCUUUGCGCACACGCUCCCGGGCGAGGGCCAGGCGAAGGCCGUGUGCCAAUGGUACCUAAAAGGAAGCUGCCGCUUUGGGCACCGCUGUGCCCUGGCGCACAUCCUCCCCGGCCAGCCGAUGAGCAUGGACCGCAAGAACAAGCGCGCGGCGCAGCACGGCCAAAAGGCCGAAGAGAAGCCCGCGACGGAAAAACGGAGCUCGAGCGGGUCGCGUGUGCGCGGCACGCCGCUCGCGCCGCCCGCGCCCGGCGCGGUGUUCAUCCCCGAAAGCGCGCGGCAGCCGCACGAGCCGAGCCCCCCCCAAGCCUCGCUCCCCGACGAGAAAGGCGGCUGGGAAGACCGCGCGGCGGUCGACGCGGCGCACGCGUUCGGCACGAGCCCCUUUUCCUACCCCGGCUCGCACUCGCUCUUCUUCAACACGAACAGCGACGUGGACGUCAGCGCACGCGCGCUCGGCACCACGCCGAGCCAGGCGCCGUGGACGCGCGCGCCGCGCGACGACCCGUUGGCGGACAGCAGCCACGCGGAGGACUUUCUUCCCUCGAGCCUGAGCGACCUGCUGACGCCCGCCGAGCUCGAGCGGCGUACACGCAGCACGCGCGAGCCGCACGGCCCCCGCAGCACGUCCCAAUCCCUCCCCACGCACGGCCCCGACUUUGGUGCGCUGCACGACAUUUCGCCGCCCGCGCCUAUGGGCCACUACUCGGUCCCCGGGCGUGUCGGCGCGCAAGGCACGCCGAUGCCGGGGCGCAUGGGCGCACAGAGCGUGCACGCGUCGCCCUUCCUCGCCGCGCUGAGCUCGCCGCCGAGCGCUGGCUCGCCGAUGGUCGGCGACCGCGUCGCGCUGUCGUUCGGCGCGCGCCCCAUGGAAGAUGGCCGGCGGAUGGGCAUGGGCCAUCCCUUCCGCGAGCGCCAGCCGCACGCACCCAUCUCUCCUGCGCUGCUCCCUGCGCGCGACGAUACGGACGAUGCGAUCUUUGAGCUCGAAUAG